AGUAACAUUUUGCUUACUCUUCCAAGAACACGUAAAUUUGAAAGAAUCCGUCACAUUUUUUUUCAAUGAAAAAAAACUAAAAAUGAAUCUAGAAAAGUUAAUUUGAUAAAUCUCCCUCAGUCACCAUCGUCAGUGAGAGUGUUCUGUGCAGUGUGUGAAUCAGUAAUCAAGUGUGUGAACUUAUAAUUUCAUUAAUUAUAUUUUCCCUUCAAUCGUCAAUUUUUUUCCGACCAAAUUUCUACGUCAAAUAUUGAAACAAACGAGAGAAAAUUUUAUUUUCUCAUAUAAAUUGAACGCAAAAAAGGAAAUCCCGCAAAUUUUUCAUCAGAAACUUCAUCAAAUGAAACCAAUAAAAUCGAAUUUAAUGGAGCCGGACAAUCCACGAGUUUAUCGCUUGGUGCUUACAGGAGGUCCCUGCGGAGGAAAAACUACCGGUCAAGCUCGUUUAUGCACCUUUUUUGAAAAUCUCGGAUGGAAGGUGUAUCGUGUUCCAGAAACCGCCACAGUUCUGCUUAGAUUAAACGAAGAUAUUUUCUUUUCAAAUCAUUACAUCAUCAGUGGUGGAAUAAAGUUUUCUGAUCUAUCAAACGAUGAAAAAUUACGCAAGGGUAAAAUAUUAGAUCUAACAUCAUUCAAAGACAAUGUGCCCGAACACAGCGUUGACUUACAUGCUGCAUGUGUACGUUGUUUGGCGGUUGAGGCCUCAAAGCCCGGUGCCACUGAUGCUUACAAAUUUCAAGAAAAUCUUCUUCGUACGAUGAUUCAAAUUGAAAACACAUAUUUUGAAUUGGCCAAGUCGUGCAAAAGAAAUGUUUUGAUUAUUUGCGAUCGUGGAGUUAUGGACGCAUCAGCUUACAUUGAAAGCGACAAAUGGGAGAGAAUGAAAACCAGCAACGGAUGGAAUGAAAUUGAGAUGCGCGACAAUCGUUACAAUCAAAUUGUUCACAUGGUUUCAGCUGCAAAUGGUGCUGAAGAGUUUUAUUCAACGGAGGAACAUUCAUGUCGUUCUGAAGGUGUCGAUCAUGCUCGUGAUUUGGAUUACAAAGCUGCAGCUGCUUGGAUUGGUCAUCCAUACUUUGACGUCAUUGAUAAUUCGACAGAUUUUGAGACGAAAGUCAAUCGAAUGAUUGAAUGCGUAUGUCAAAAGCUUAGCAUCGAUACCGGUGAUCGCUUAUUGCGAACAUCGAGAAAACUCAAGUUUCUUGUUUCCGGUCCGUUACGAGACGAUCUCUUUCCAUCAUUCCAAGAUUUUAACGUUGUUCAUCAUUAUCUUCAAUCAAGUGGACAACGUGUUCAAACUCGUUUACGAAAACGUGGACAAAAUGGACAUUGGAGUUACAUUCAUACAACACGAAGACCACACGUUCAUGGUCAAUCGAUUGAAGUUAAGACCCAACUAACGUUACGUGAUUACCUCAAUAUGCUAGCACAGAAAGACGACGCUCACUUUACCAUCUUUAAGAAGCGUCGCUGCUUUUUGGUAAACAAUCAAUACUUUCAACUUGACAUCUAUCAAGAGCCUAGUCAUCCACGUUGUCGUGGUUUGAUGUUACUCGAAACUUACACCUCACUUGAAGGUGAGCAAUUGAAGAAAAGCUUACCUAAGUUCCUCAACAUCGUAAAUGAAGUGACAGGAGAUCCAUACUACUCCAUGUUCAAUCUUUCACUUAAAGAAGACUGGAACAACACGAAAAAGUUCUGCUACAGCUUGCACGAUUUAGAUGAUGGCGAGAGAUUUAAGAAAGAUUUGAAUGCGCCAAAAAAGUUGGUGAAUGGAAAAGCUUGAUAGAAGCUGGAGGAUUUUUCUUUCUUCUUAUGUUUUUUAAAGGAAGAAAAGUAUUCAUUUUAUGUUUAGAAUCUUAAAUCAUUUUUGGGGAUGUUUUUUUAAUUAAUGUUUCGAUGAAUUUUUUUUUGUUUUUCUUCGAUUCUAACUUUUCUUAAUUUUUUUUUGUUUUCAAAAUUGAAAAUUAAUUUUCGUCUUAGUUAGUUUCAUGUUUGUCUUAACAAUUUCUGUUGAUUUUGUUGAACGUUUAGAAAGAUAAAAGUUGCGAUUUCAUUCCGACACGAAGUGUUGCUUUAAUGUGAUGUCAAAUGUGAAGGAAUAAAAUCGCAAUUUUAAUUUACUUAAUUUUUUUUAAUGAAAUUAUUCACUUUAAUCAAGGGGUUAUUCACGGACGGUUGCUUGAGUCUACCAUGAAAUUGCUGAAAAUUGCUGAAAAGUUGCUGGAGUUGCUUGAGUCGACCUUUUCGUCCGUGAAUAACCCCUUGACUUUAAUUAUUAUUUCAAAUCAAUCUUAUACAAAAAAAGAAGUAAAAAUACAAAAAAAAACUUAUCAUUGAAACUAAAGAAACGUUAAGUGAUAAAUUAAAAUUGAAACAUUUUAACUUGAAUAUUUCAACAGAUUCAAAUGUCAAUGGAACAUAAAGAUGUAAUAAAUGAAAAGAAACAGAAUUAUUGGAUCAUAUUUAAUUAAAAUAAAUGAAUGAAGAAAGAGAAGAAACAUAUUUUUCUAAACUCACAUAAUUAUGUUGAUCAUAAAUUGAAUCACUUCAAUAAAUUAACGUGAAAUAAUCGAUGAGAAUAAAAAUUAAAACCUUUUUAUGUUUGACUUAAAUAAUUGCAUUUUGCUCACAUUUUAAAGUCGUCAUGAUCUUGAAAAAUUAAUCAAAUGAAAAAUUGUCAAAGACAUUGACGCAGAAAGAAUAAGAAAAAGAAAAUUGAAACGCUUUAAAAAAUAAUUAUGGACUUUGGUAUCUUUUCAAUACCAAGAAAAAUAAGAAAAAGGAAAAUAUUAAACCUAAACCAACUUAAUUAUAAAAAUAUUUGAUGUUUGUUGAGAUUUCUUCUUUUUCUUUUUGAGAGAAAGUGAGAAGCAAAGAAACAUUUUCAUGAAUUUAUCAAAUAUAUUUUGCAUAACUAAAUGAUUAAUUAAUUAAUAAAUAAUGAUACGAUUGAAAAUGCCUGCAAACUGGCUUCUUAACUCAUUCACAUUUAUUUCCUACACUCCAUCGCCAUACAAAUUGCUAAAAAUGUUUUGAAAGUUGAAUGAAGAAAUGAAAUGCAAUUCAAUUGCAUGAUGAGAAAAGAAUUGUUUAUGAGAAAGGAAGACUUCCACUUAAAAAAGAAAGCUAAAAUUAUGUUGGUAGAUGGAAGAAAGAAAAUCAAUUUGAUGGAAAAUAAAUCUUGAAUGUUUGAAAAUCAAACAAAAACCG